AAAAAAGAUUUCCUGACCAUUUCUCCCUGUAAUACCCCGUUAACCGAUGCAUGUUUUUUCAUAUGUUAGAGCAUCGAGAAUACGAGUUUUGGUGCGUGGUGAACCGAUUGUAUUAGAAGGAUUAGAAAGAGUGAAUCCUAUAAAUAUUAGAAGUUUAGAAAGAAAAAAAGGUAUUUUGAAGGAAAAUGAGUUGCAAGAUGGACAGAUAAUGUACGAGUUUAUGUUGAGGAAUGAAGUACAUUAUGAGUGGAUGGAGAUGUUUGAGAUGAGUCGAAGAAUAUGGGUAAUAAUUAGUGUAUUUGAUGGAGGAAAAGAGGGAUGGAAAGAGGGAAUUAGAAGGGAAAUGAGAUGGAUUCGAGAGAGAUAUGGAUCGGUGAAUGUUAUACGUUUUUUAGUGAAAAAUUUGGUAUCGAAAGAAGAUAUAGAUGGAAUUGAGGUUAGAGGGAUGAGAGAGGAAGGAGAAAUGGAAGAAAAUGAAUGGAAAGAAUUUAUUUAUGAGAUAACAUAUAGUUUAAUUGAAGAAAUUGAGAAAAUUAUGAUAAAAAUACAAGAAAGAAGGAGUAUUUUGUCUCCAUACGUUGUAAGAUUUACGGAAAAGGGUGAAAGAAUGGAAGAAUAUGAAGAAGAAAUGGAAAAGAUAGAAGGGGGUAAUUUAUUGAAAGGAAGAAAGAUGAAGAUAUUAGGGGAUCUAUAUUUAUUAGCAGGAUGUACAUUGGAAGCGUUAAAAAAGUAUACGGAAUCAGCAAUGUUAGCUAAGAUGUCUAAAGAUUAUAUAUGGCAUGGAUCGGCAUUGGAAGGGAUUGGAGUAUGUUUGGUAGUUUUAUCAUUUCUUCAGAUUGAAUAUCAGAUACCAAUUACGACAUUACCGUCAUCACCGCCUCAAUUGGAUAAAAUAGGGUCUAUGAAGAUGAUGACAUUUAAGGAGAUUGAUUUAAAUGUUUCAAAGCCUCAUGUUUUGGAUUUUCUUUUGGAUUUGCAUAUGAAUGUGAUUGAUUUAUAUCAAAAAUCGUAUAAUUGUUCUAAUGAAAGGGUUCCGACAUUGUGUUUUUCAGAAAGUGUGCUUCGUUUUGGUAAAUUAUUAUCUCUUGUGCAUUUGGCAGGUGGAUGGAAUCAUAUAGCGUUAAGAAGUAUUAUUUAUGAUGAAUUUUAUCUUAUUCCUAAAACACAUGUUUCUGGUUAUCCUCCAAAAGCAGAUAUUGCCUCAUGGUCAAUGCGUGCAUAUACACCAUAUCUAAGUGAAUUGGAUGUAAUUGAUAAAUGUAGAAUAUAUGGAGGUCUUGCAAGUAUUUUGGGUAUGAUAGGUUUUAGAAGAGCAAGAGCUAUGUUUUUACGAGAAAUUAUAUCUACACUUACGUCUGUAUUGAUUAGUUCUAAGGUUGAUGGCAUUACAGAUGAUACUGUACGUUUAAUUGCUCAAAUUGCUUUAUCAAACUAUUCUAUAUCUCCAAAACAUUCAAAUAUGCAAAAUUCUAGUUUUUUAAUACAUAAUCUUCUUGAUGAUCUAUGUGAUUGUUAUGGCAUUUUAAGAAUGGAUGAAAGAUGUAAAAGUAGGUCUCAGGUGGAAUUGUUAGAGAAAUAUGGAUGGCCUUCUUUGAAAAUUACUAUAUUGAAAGAAUGUAUUUCGUUUUGUGAAGCAUUGCCUGAUUUUUCUGGAGUAUUGAAUUUUACUACUAAAAUACUUAGUAUUGCAUCUAUUUAUCUUUCACGAGAUAAUCAAAUUCGUCUUGCAUCUAACAUUCCUCGUAUUAUUUUAGCUGUUAGAAGCCUUGGAUUGGAUGAACUUGAAGCAGAUUAUUGGGAUCGUGAUAUUGUACAAUCUAUUGAAUUUAUACCUGGUUCUUCUAAAUUUACACCAAUUCUUCAUUCCAGCUCAGAAUUGAAUACUGUUGAUAAGGAUGAUAAUCAUUCAAAAGAUCCAUUUAUAUAUAAUCCUUUUAUUAAAAAGAGCAAUGUUCCUGUUAAGCAUCUAUUAGUUGAAGGAGAUGUUGCUGAGUUUAAAAUAGUUUUGCAUAAUCCACUUUCAUUUGAAUUGGAAUGUGUUGAUAUUUCAUUGUUUACAGAGGGUGUUGAAUUUGAAUCCCAAUCAACAUCAGUAGUUAUUGGUCCUCAAAGAAUACAUGUUGUUAGAUUAUUUGGCUGUCCCAAAAAGCCUGGAGAGUUCGUUGUUAAGGGAUGUAGAAUUCAUCUUUCAGGGUGUAAAGAUGAUAUAUUUUUGGUAAAUAGAGGACUUUCUUCUGUAGAACAUGAGCAGUUAUUUUUAAAUGUUUUUUUUGAAGGAAAAAUCAAAUCCAUGGGUCUUAAUGUUUAUUCUGCUAUAAAAUCAUCUAUUAUGUCAUCAAAGAAUGAAGAAAUUCCUCUGAAAAAUAUAAUAUCAUCUAUACCUAUGACGAUAGAGGAGAGUUUUGAAGUUUUGCCUGCUCAGCCUACUUUAAUAGUAACCAGAACGUCUCUUGUAAAUGGAUCUAUCAUGUUAUUAGAAGGAGAACGGUGUACUUUUACAAUAACUAUAAAAAAUGUUUCUCAUAUUACUAUUAAUUUUCUUCUUGUUUCUUUUGUAGAUUCAACAAUUAAUCCUUUGAAAGAUGCUUUAGCUUCUAAAAAUAUUUCAAGAGAAGAAAUAUAUGAAUUGGAGUUGUUUCUUCAUGAGAGACAAGCCUUUAUAUGGAAUAAAAAAGCAUCUCAUUUUUCUUUGAAACCAGAUUGUGAAGAAGUUUUGGAGAUUGAAAUUUUGGGAAAGAGGGGUCUUACUGAUGGCAAGAUUCAAAUAGAUUACGGAAAGGUUGAUGAUAAUUCUUCUCAUGGACGGUUUUAUACUCGACGUGUUGUUGUUCCUGUCAUUGUUACAGUAAACGCCUCUCUAGAGCUUGUAAAUUGUGAUAUCAUUAACUAUGUUAAUGAUAAUAAAGAGAGGGAAAAUAUUUCUGAUAUUUCUGAAGAAAUGGGUAGUUUAUUUCAAUAUGCAGAAACACGUGGACAUGAAGGAGUAGAAUAUUGUCUAGGGCUUUUGGAUUUUCGAAAUAUUUGGCCUAAACCAUUAUGCGUUUAUCUUAAUGUUCAAAAUGAGGGUGAUGAACUCUUAAAAAUUGAAAAACUUAUUUAUCCAGGAGAAACAAAUAGGCUUAUUUUUCCAUUGAAGAGAAUGUAUAUUUCUAGAGAAAAUUCUCAAAAACCUAUUCCAACUGCUUCUGCUCGUCAAUUUGUUGUUUCUAAUACAAAAAAGGAUUUUGAAGUAAAUGAUUAUCAACAAAGAGAAUCAUUUUGGCUACGUGAAGCAUUAUUUAAGAUCAUUAAUGGAACAUGGACGCAACCAGGAACCGAUAGGAAAGGUGUUGUUGAAUUACGUGGUUUACGUAUGACGCCGAAAAUGGUUUAUUCUUUAAAAGUGGAAGAUAUUAGUGUUCUUCUUGAAAUAUCUGGUACUGUUAAAAAAAUCCAACGAUUUACAUGGCUUGUAAAAUUAUAUGAAUUUGUCACUUUUACAUUGAAGAUUAUUAAUAGAAAAGAAUAUCCUAUAAAAACUCUUGUUCGAAUUCAACCCUCUUUACGCUAUCAAAAUCAGACAUUUGUAGAUUUGUCCCGAUGCAUUGCUUUUAAUGGUGUAAUGCAGACAGUACUUCCACUUAUUGAAUCUCAACAAUUUCACGAAGAAAAAUAUACAGCUGUUUUUAUGAAUCGGGGUGAAUAUGAAAUUAUGGCAUCUAUACAAGAACUUUGUGGUCCUGAUAAAGGGCGUAUGCAUGUUUCUAGGGAUCAUCUUAUCGUAAAAUGCGUAGAUGAUAUAGAAUUGUAGUCUUAAUGCAAAAUUGAAAUUUUCUAUACUUGACAUUUACUUGACU